AUGGGUCUCACCUCCCACCUGAUUCCAGCUCUGGUCUGCUUACUAGCAUGUACCAGCUACUUCCUCCAUGGACACAAGCACAACUUCGUCCUAGAAGAGACCAUCAAAACUCUGAACAUCCUCACAGCAAGAAAGGAGCUGUGCCUGGAGUUGAGUGUAGCCGACGUCUUGACUGCCCCAAAGAACACAACUGAGACGGAAAUCUUCUGCAGGGCUGCGCAGGUACUCCGGCACGUCUACACGCAACACAGGUGCUUGAGCAAAAUGCUGAGCAGACUUGACAGGAACCUCUACAGCAUGGCCAGCAAGAUCUCCUGCUCCGUGAAUGAAACCAAGAAGAGUUCACUGAAAGACUUCUUGGAAAGGUUAAGGAGGAUCAUGCAAGAGAAAUAUGCAACGAGUUGA